AUGUCGAAUCCCUUUGAUGAUGGUCCUUUCAGGGAUCAAGAUGAAGGACAUCCCUCUUUACCAAGUACCGCUUUCACUAGUGACCGUUCUUCUCCCAAAAAAUUUUACCAAAUAGAUCUCGAUGACGAAGAAGAUGAAGAAUCAAACUUCAUGGCUUUCCCACAAUCAACCCAACAACGUCCUCAACAGCAAAGACAACAACCAAAACAGUCUCCAAAUAUCUUCUCUAGAAGUUCUAGAGCCCAUGGAAGAAAUCCAAGUACUCAUCUUCUUGACUCAACUCCAAAUUUGCAAUUCAGUCCCUCUAUUACUGAUACUUCUGAUUCCACUCCAAGAGCUCAAUUCACUUCGAGAGAAUCUCCAAGAAGACAAAAACAAACCGAAAUGCUCAUGAGUGAUGAUCUUGAUGAUGAUAGCGAUUUUUUCUCUGGUUCUCCAAGACGUUCCGCUUAUCAAGGUUCAGUUGCUGGUUCUCGUUACGGUAAUAACCCCGGCAUAUUUAAUACGGCUGCUGAUUUGAAUAAUUCAGUUUUUGGUUCUCUGUACGGUGGUGGCGCAAGAUCUAUUCAUAGUUCUUCUAGAAGUGAUCGAGUUUUAGAGCCUCCUCAACCAAUUUUUUCUCCAAGAACUUAUGCUGAAGCUAAUCCUUACGAUGAUGAUGAACCUGAGGAUGAUGAUGAUGCUACCACUGCCCUUAAUGAUUCAAGAGAAGAAAAAAGAGUUGCCAUUGCUAAAGAUGAUUAUGAUUAUGAUUCUUACCAAAAAGAAUUUGAAGCAGCUUCAACCAUUUCUGGUAAUACUUAUGCUAGAGAUUCUUAUGCUGAUGAUGAUUAUGUUGAGUCUAUUCCCGGUGGUACUUUCAGUGAUAGAUCUAGUGAUAUUGAUCGUAAUAUGAUGGAUAAUAUUGAUAAUGAAUAUGUUCCUCAUAGAGCUAAAACAGUUACUAAACGUAAAGUUAGAUUGGUUGGUGGUAAAACUGGUAAUUUAGUUUUAGAAAAUCCAAUUCCUGAUAAAUUAAAACAAUUUCUUACUAAAACUGAAUCUGAACAUGGUGAAUUUACAAAUAUGACUUAUACUGCUUGUACUUGUGAACCUGAUGAAUAUAUUGGUGAAGGUUUUAGUUUAAGGGCUGCUAAAUAUGGCCGUGAAACUGAAAUUGUAGUUUGUGUUACCAUGUAUAAUGAAGAUGAAUUUGCUUUUGCUAGAACUAUGCAUGGAGUUAUGAAAAAUGUUGCAAAUCUUGUUAAAAGACCAAGAUCUACUGCUUGGGGUAGAGAUUCUUGGAAAAAAGUUCAAGUUAUCGUUGUUGCUGAUGGUAGAAAUAAAGUUAAUGAAUCUGUUUUACAAUUAUUAACUGCAACUGGUUGUUAUCAAGAAAAUUUAGCUAGACCUUAUGUUAAUGAUCAAAAAGUUAAGGCUCAUUUAUUUGAAUAUACUACUCAAAUUUCAAUUGAUGAAAAUUUAAAAUUUAAAGGUAGUGAAAGAUCUUUAUGUCCAGUUCAAGUCUUAUUUUGUUUAAAAGAAAGUAAUCAAAAGAAAAUUAAUUCUCAUAGAUGGUUAUUUAAUGCAUUUUGUCCAAUCUUAGAUCCAAACGUGGUUGUUUUACUAGAUGUUGGUACUAAACCUGAUGAUAAUGCAAUUUAUAAUUUAUGGAAAGCUUUUGAUAGAGAUUCAAACGUUGCUGGUGCUGCUGGUGAAAUUAAAGCUAUGAAAGGUAAAGGUUGGCUUAAUUUAACUAAUCCAUUAGUUGCUUCACAAAAUUUUGAAUAUAAAAUGUCGAAUAUUCUUGAUAAACCUUUAGAAUCUCUUUUCGGUUAUAUUUCAGUUUUACCAGGGGCUUUAUCUGCUUAUAGAUAUAUUGCUUUGAAAAAUCAUGAAGAUGGUACUGGUCCAUUAGCUUCUUAUUUCAAAGGUGAAGAUUUAUUGAGUGCUCAAAAGGAUAAUAAAAAAACUAAUAGUAAAACUAAUUUUUUCGAAGCAAAUAUGUAUCUAGCAGAAGAUAGAAUUUUAUGUUGGGAAUUAGUUGCUAAAAAAAAUGAAAAUUGGGUUCUUAAAUUUGUCAAACUGGCUACUGGUGAAACUGAUGUUCCUGAAAGUAUUGCUGAAUUUUUAUCUCAAAGAAGACGUUGGAUUAAUGGUGCAUUUUUUGCAGCUUUAUAUUCUUUACGUCAUGGUGGAAGAAUUUGGAAUACAAAUCACUCUUUUAUGAGAAAGUUUUGGUUAACUGUUGAAUUUAUGUACCAAUUUUUCACCCUUGUAUUUUCAUUCUUCUCCUUGAGUAAUUUCUAUUUAACUUUUUACUUUUUAACUGGUUCUUUAAUUUCAACUAAGCAUAUUGGUCAUAAUGGUGGUUUUUGGAUUUUCACAAUUUUCAAUUAUCUUUGUAUUUGUUGUCUAACAUCCUUAUUUAUCGUUUCAAUUGGUAAUAGACCACAAGCCUCAAGAACAAUAUUUAAAACAUUGAUUAUAUUAUUGACAGUAUGUGCAUUAUAUGCAUUGAUUGUUGGUUUCUUUUUCGUUUUCAAUAGUAUUAAAAGUUUUGGUAUGGGAGAUUCUUCAACCUAUGUCUUUGUUAGUAUUGUUGUUUCCUUAUUAUCAACUUAUGGUCUUUAUACAUUAAUGUCCAUUUUGUAUUUGGAUCCAUGGCACAUGCUUACUUGUUCAGUACAAUACUUCUUGAUGAUUCCUUCCUAUACCUGUACUUUACAAAUAUUUGCAUUUUGUAAUACUCAUGAUGUAUCUUGGGGUACAAAAGGUGAUAAUAAUCCUGAAGAUGAUAAAAAAGACAAGUAUACAAUUCAAAAAAGUGAUGAAGGUGAUUAUGCUGUCGUUGUCGAUGUUAAUGUCGAUGAAGUUUAUCUCGAAACUUUAUAUAAUAUUAGAACUAAAAGAGCUAAUAGAAAAGUUUCUGAAGCUGUCACUCCUGAAUUCCAAAUGGAAGGUGAAGAUUAUGCUAAAGACGUUCGUACUAGAGUGGUUUUAAUCUGGUUGAUGUCAAACUUGAUCUUUAUUAUGACUAUGUUACAAGUUUAUUCUGCCGGUGAAACCAAAAAGAACUUAUAUUUGGCCUUCAUCUUAUGGAUGGUUGCUGUUUUAGCUUUAUUCAGAGCCAUUGGUUCUUUUGGUUAUCUUAUCAUGAACUACGCUAGAUUCCUCGUGGAAUAUAAACAUAAAUUCUUACAUAAAAAGAAAGGCUAUGCUUCUCCAACAGAUAACCUUUUGAACGAACCCCAAGAUAAAUCUGUCUAG